AUGAAGGAUAAUAUCAAAUGUAUGGACCAAGUUCAGUCACUCAAUUCAGAAAGUUAUAACAUAACAACUAUUAUAAGAGUGUUAGAGAACUUAGAAGAACAUAGAAGAAAGAAAAAGAGCGUCUAUAACAUUGAGUUUUCAGGUCAUUUGGCUGAAGGUGCAUUUGUGGGGGUAAACAUUGGCACCGAUGUUUCUAGUCUUCCAUCAGAUACAGAUAUUGUUGCAAUUCUAAAAGCACAUCAGUUUACACAUGUAAGGCUUUACAAUGCCGAUGCUCAACUGCUGAAAGCUCUCGCAGGCAGUGGAAUAGAAGUGAUGGUAGGUUUCACGAACGAGGAAGUUCUUGGGAUUGGAGAAUCAGCAUCAACAGCCGCAGCAUGGGUUAAUAAAAACGUUGCAGCUUACAUGCCUUCAACUAAUAUAACUGCCAUUGGCGUUGGCAGCGAAGUUCUUAUUGUGAUUCCUAAUGUUGCUCCAGUUUUGGUUUCUGCUAUGAAUUACCUUCACAAAGCUCUAGUUGCUUCUAACCUAAAUUUUCAGGUCAAAGUCUCGACUCCACAUUCCAUGGACAUCAUUCCCAAGGCUUUUCCUCCUUCCACUGCCACCUUUGACCCUACAUGGAACUCUACUCUUUACCAAAUCCUUCAGUUUUUGAAAAACACAAAUUCCUAUUACAUGUUAAACGCGUAUCCGUAUUAUGGAUACACGAAAGGGGAUGGCAUUUUCCCAAUUGAUUAUGCUAUUUUUCGGCCACUUCCCUCGGUCAAGCAGAUUGUUGAUCCAAACACUCUUUUUCACUAUAAUAGCAUGUUUGAUGCGAUGGUGGAUGCUACCUAUUACGCCAUGGAGGCUGCCAAUUUUUCUGGGAUCCCUGUUGUUGUCACUGAAGCUGGUUGGCCAUGGCUCGGUGGAGCCAAGGAACCUGAUGCUAAUCUAGAUAAUGCUGAGACCUUCAAUAACAAUUUGAUCCGGCGUGUUCUUAACAAUUCAGGUCCUCCGAGCCACCCAACGUUGCCCAUAAAUACAUACAUUUAUGAACUGUGUAAUGAAGACAAGAGACCUGGACCUAUUUCUGAAAAAAAUUGGGGUGUGCUUUUUACAAAUGGGACUUCUGUUUAUCCUUUGACUUUGGGCGCUUCUGGUCAAGUUACUGGAAACAGUUCUGCUGUUUUCUGUGUGGCGAAAUCUGAUGCAGAUUCUGAUAAGUUGCAAGACGGUUUAAACUGGGCAUGCAGACAAGGCCGAGCUAACUGCAGCGCCAUACAAUCUGGUCGGCCGUGUUAUUUCCCUAAUACUCUUGAAAAUCAUGCUUCGUAUGCAUAUAACGAUUACUAUCAAAGAAUGCAGAGUGCUGGCGGAACAUGCGACUUUGAUGGCACAGCUGCAACAACUAGCGUUGAUCCAAGUUAUGGAAAUUGUAUAUUUUCAGGAAGUUCUAAUUCAAGUAUCCAUGGCAGAUUCGUAACUCCCUCGGCUUUUUCGCCUGAGGUUGCACCGGGAUCGUGGAGCUCGUACCUUCAAAUAUCCAACUUUCAGAGUCUAAUGCCGGCAGCAUUGCUCGCUUUGGUUUUUCUUUGACUCGAGAGACGCUACAGCCACUCGAAUGCUAUCUAUUGUGCAGCUGAAUCAUCAGAUUUUGAGAUUGUAAAAGCAAUGGAAGUAAUAGGAAAUGCAUUAUUAGCAAGACUUAAUUCUUUUUUGUCAAUGUUGUUUUGUAUUCUUAGUUCUAGUGUAGUCAUUUUCUUGAAGUAGCAGUUAGACCAUUUUUUCUUUUCUUUUGGUAAACAGAUUUGAAAAAACUUGGUUUUUUUUUGUACCUUUGUUAAUGAUAUACAUCAAUUGAGAUUAUAUAUGCGCCUAUUCUUUUUCCCGUUAAAUCAUAUUUAUGUUUAUAUUGGCUGA